CCAGUCCCCCGCCCUCCCCUCCCAGUAUCCAGUGUCCCCUGGACAGACUCCACCGCCGCCGCCGCUCUGCCGUCCCCAACGCCACCUCCUCAGGGCCAGCAAGAUGCAGUUUGAGAUGCACGACAACGUGAAAGGCAAAGCCAUGUCCUACCCAGUGACCACUCAGCCCCAGUGUGCCACCAGCAGCUGCUACCAGACCCAGAUCAGUGACUGGCACACAGGUCUCACGGACUGCUGCAACGACAUGCCCGUCUGUCUGUGCGGCACCUUCGCGCCUCUGUGCCUCGCCUGUCGCAUCGCCGACGACUUCGGCGAGUGCUGCUGCACGCCCUACCUGCCCGGAGGCCUGCACUCGCUCCGCACCGGCAUGCGCGAGCGCUACCGCAUCCAGGGCUCCAUCGGACACGACUGUGCGGCCCUCACCUUUUGUCUGCCCUGCGCCCUCUGCCAGAUGGCGCGGGAACUGAAGAUCCGAGAGUAAAGACGUUCUCCACCUUCCUUCCUUCCCGCCGUCCCGCCCGGCCUCCUCGCCCCUCCUGGGAGCGCCUGCCCCGCAGCCACAAAGCCUCCCAUAAUAAAAACCCGAAAACCAA